CGCCCCCAUCCACCUGAGCGCUGCGGGGGGGGCCGGGGGAGGCGUGCGCUGCUUGCGGCUGCUGCUGCGCUACGGAGGGGACCCCAAUGCCAGGUAACGGCCUUGGGGAGCUCGGCUCCGUUCUGCCGAGUGGGGAGCGGAACCGCCGAGGGGACAGCGGUGACGCCGGUGUGGUGGUAGGGCUGCCGAGGGGCUCACGCCGCUGCACGUCGCUGCCUCCUGGGGGAGCUGCGGGUGCCUGGAGCUGCUGCUGCGGAAUGGGGGGGACCCGGAGCUGCGGGAUCAGGUUAGCGCUUGGGGCGGCGCCUCGGAGCUCUUCGUGCUUGGUGGGAGUGAUACCCAGCGGCGGUGUCCCCUCCCUGCAGGACGGGAAGCGAGCCAUCGACCUGGCGCUGGAGCAGGGCCAUGGGCUGUGCGUGCAGCUCCUGCGGGACUGGAGCCUCCCAGACCCCCAGGGACCCCGGCGCUCACUGUCCUUCUUGUCAGAGGAUUGCACCGCUGUGGAGCUGCUGAACAGCACUCCUGUGACCCAGCUGGAGGAACCUGGGCUGGGGGACAGCUGUGGGUUGGGGGAGCCCCCGUGCUGUGCUCAACCUUCCUUGGGUUCCUCCCUCACCCCAUGGCUCCCAGGGUGUCCAGCUCUGCCCCUGCAGCCCCUGGCAUCCAGCACACUGCUCUGGGCUGGGGGUGAGCAUGAGGAGGUAUCCCUAAAGGGAGCGGGGGUGUGCAGCUCCCUGCAGCCCAGUGCUGGGGCCAGGAGCCCCCCCCAACCCUUGCAUUGCAGCAGAGACUGUGGGGUGUUGGAAGCAGGAACCAGAGGCCGUGACCUCCCUGGGGACAGCAGUGAGGACAGCGAGCAUUUCGUCACUGCAGUGGAGAUGUUGGAGCCCAGCGGGGCUGGGGUGCGCCCAGGAGAAGCCCCCUCCUCAGCAGGACCCUGGGAGCUGCCUGCCCAGAACCCUUCAGCUGCAGAGGAGCUGCCUGUGCUGUUCCAGGGCUGCAGCCUCGAGGGCUCCUCACCCCGCACCCGGGAGCUCCCUUGCAGCCCUGCUGGCAUUGCUGUAGGGGAUGUCACUUCGCAGGGGCUGCAGCCCCCCCAGUUCUGCCACGUCACCCCCCGCACCAAGAGCCGCCUUCAGGCCUCAGCAGUGAGGCUCAAUGCUUCCUCCUCCUCCUCCUCCCUCUUCGAUGCCAGCCUGGAGAAGCCCCGCAGGCCCCCCCGGAUCAGAGCACCCAGAGGUGUCCUCAGGGACCCUGCCAUCACCCCAGGGCACUGUGUUGCCCUCGGCGGUGAUGAUGUGUCUGGUGGGGAUGGGGAAAGCCCAGGGUCCUCAGAUGACACCCAGAUCCUCCCCAGGACCCCCAGCCUGUCCAGCUCCCCCUUGGGGACCAGCAGCUCCAGCCCCACAGUGCUGCUCGCUCCUGGGGAUCACGGCUGUGCCCAGAACCCUCUGUUGGAUGCUGAGGGAUCCCUCAGCCCUACUGUGCUGCUGGGUCCUGGGGACAGUGACAACCUCCAGGAUUCCCCAUCACACGUUCAGAACUCCACUCCUGCCAUUGACCCCAAGGUCCCAGAGCCAAAGAUCCCACCGAUGCCACGCUCACCCACAGACCGCAGUCCCCACCGCCCCGUGGAACCCGAUGGAUGCCCGCCCACUGGGUGGCGCAGUCCCAGCGCUGAGACCACCAGCCCUGGGGACGGGGACCAAGUGCAGUCCCUGCGGAUGCUCUCAGACGAAGCGCUCCUCCGGCGGCUGCGGGAGCUGGGCUACGACCCAGGACCCAUCACAGUGCUCACCCGGCGCGUGUACCUGCGGCGCUUGGAAGAGCUGAGCCGCAGCCCAGCAGGGCACAGCCCUGAGCUGACAGAUGCACUACGCACCGGGCACAUCCCCAACUGCACCGAGGAUGAGCUGAUGUUGGCACAGCAAUUCGACCGCCCCGACCGGAGCCGGCAUUGGCGCGAGGGGCUGCUGAAAGCCAGCUUCAACUACCUCCUGCUCGACCCCAGGACCACGCAGGAGCUCCCAUUGCGCUGCCACCGCCUGAGCCCCGUGGAGUGCUUCAGGACUUUUGUUGAUGCCAUCUUCUAUGUGGGCAAAGGAACACGUGCCAGGCCCUACAGCCACCUCGCCGAGGCUGUGACCCAGCACCGCAUGGGGACGAGAAAGGGCUGUCCCAAAGUGCGGCGCAUCCUGGAGAUCUGGGCAAGUGGGAUGGGUGUCAUCUCUCUGCACUGCUUCCAGAGCAGCGUGCCAGCUGAGGCGUAUACGAGGGAGGGCUGCUUGCUGGAGGCCUUGGGUGAGCAGGGGAUGGGGUUUGGGAGGGCUGGUCCCCCCUCAUGUAUGGCAGCAGGGGGAUGCAGCCUGUCCUGGGGCACAUGGAGAGCUGGGGGUUCCUGGACAGCAACACAAGGUUUGGGUACAAUGCCCCAAACUGAUCUCCUGCGGGGAAAAGAUGGGUUGGAGCAGAUGUUAAUGGGACCCUAUGGGUGCUAAUGGGGACUUUGUCACUAAAGGGAUGUAGGUGCUAAGGAGGAAAUCACAGCGCUAAAGGGGAUCCCAACCUCAUGGGGCUGCGGGUGCUAAUGGGGACGUUACAGCAAUGUGGGUGCUAACGGGGACCCCGUGGGUGCUCACGGUAAACACGGUGCGGGAGCUCUGGGUGCUGACCUUGACCCCACAGGGCUGCGUGCCGUCACCAACCAGCGGAAGGGGAACUGCUAUGGGGUGGCAGCCAGCUGGUCCCCAGCACGGCGCCGGCGCCUGGGCGUCCACA